CCUGCCGUCGCCUUGUCGAGUCAUCGCCAGAGACGAGCAGAGAGCCGACGGAGCCGCGGUCCGAUGGCUUGAAACACGGGGGGGGAGGAGGAAGAACCGUGGAUCACAGCGCGGAUUCAACUUGCACCGCAGAAGACAAGAAGAAGCGAAACGGCGGAGGACGAGGAUAAAGCACCUUUGACUGAAACUCUUAUAUAUAUAUAUAUUUUUUUUUGGGGGGUGGGGGGUGUGGCGGUUUUUUUGGUUGCAGUUGGCAGACCGGGACACGGACGACCCAGGAGAGACGGGCCGGAGUACCGGAGCCGCCGCGAACGAACCACCGAGCGAACUUGGCUCCUUUGCUCCCCCGGUGGGAGGUGUCGGUCUGUCGGCUGCAGCUCUCUGCACGUACCGCCCCCCCGCCACACGCUGCUGGGGACGUAUUAUUCUUUUAAUUUAAAAGGAUACGCUUGUUGCUAAGUUAUGUUUUUGUAAAUAUUCACAUUUCCCCAACACCCCCCCCAGCCCCCGUGGGGGGGUUCGGCAACCAACUGUGGCUUUAAUGUGACGCACUAACACGGACCCUCCUCGGUUAACAGGCUUUUUAAAUCAACUUCGCACCUCCGGUAUCUACGGGUGCCAGUAACUGCGCGCGCCCAUGUGAAAGGGACAAAGGGCCAAAGCGGAUCAAGCCGGGCCGGGCCGUGCUAGGCCAGGCCUACCCGACCCCCUCGUCUCGCCUCUAUCGGGUUGGAUUCCGACGGUAUUUUUUGGGUGGCCGAGCCAGUCUGCCGUAUCUCCUUCCAUGUCGUGGAUGUCCCGCCCUGGAUGUUGGCACCAAGAUGGAUUCGGGUGUUAAUUUGACGGUUGUCACCUCGUCCCAGCGCUUGCGUCCCCGCUCCUUUGACUGGCUUUUGUCCCUUCCCUCCCCGGUCUCGGAGCGAAAGCUCCUCUCGCUCUCUCGGGGCCUCCCCGGGCCCUGCGCACAAGGCCCUUGUAGGAGCUGUAGGCUGUCUUGUUAAAAACGAUUGACGUUGCAAAGAGGAAGCAGAGUCCCCCCCGGCCAUUUUUGUUUUCCUUUACCCUGAGUUCCCUCGCAGGUUUGAGAGCUUUUCGUCUCAAGCAGAAGCUUGCCGGUAGAGGUUUGUGCUGCGCGCACAGGUCGGUCUGUUCAGUCGCAACAAAAGAAGAAGAAAUCCUUUCCUAAACAUGUCUGGAAGCAAUAGCGACAGCAAAGCGGGGUCAUUCCCCCCUCCUCCUCCCUCCGCCUCCCCCUGUCCAUCACCCCAGACCCCCCAUAAGAAUGUGAACGGCUCCUCCAGUUCGGACUUGCUGGAGGUGGAGAAGCUCGGCGUGCAACCCGAGGUCCAGCGGCGGCGCCACACGAUGGACCGGGACUCCCGGAUCGCCGAGCACCGCUUCUUCCGCCGGAGUGUCAUCUGCGACUCCAACGCCACGGCUCUGGACCUGCCCAGCAAAGCCGCCGUGAUGCUCACCUCACCGCCGGCCUUCUUCGCCCUGCAGGGUGACUUUUCCGGGUUGCUGGACGCCGAGGCCCAGCGCGGUCUCAACCUGCUGGGCCUGGCCCUUCAGCCCGGGCUGGGCGGGCCGGUUGCCGAGGGCCGCGUGGCGAAUGCCGAGGAGGAUUUGGACGAGGGAGGCAUAACGUUCUCCGUUCCCUCCGUCCAAGGACUUGCGGCAGACGGAGCAGCGGCGCGGCCCGACCCGGCGGUGUCGGACGGCACCGACCUAACGGCCGGCGAACCGUCCAAGGCCGUGCCGCAGGACCCGCAGCAGCAGCAGCAGGCGCCGCAGCCCGGGAAGGAGGCAGAAGAGGCAAAGGAGAAGGAAACGGAGGAGGAGGAGGAGGAGAAGGAGCAGGCGAAAAUCCGGGCGGAGCAGAGGGAGGCGGAGAAACGAGUGCAGGAGGAUAUAGAGGAGGUGGAGACGAAGGCGGUGGGGACUUCGCCCGACGGGCGCUUUCUGAAGUUUGACAUUGAGAUCGGGAGAGGGUCGUUUAAGACGGUCUACAAAGGACUGGAUACGGAGACCACUGUGGAGGUGGCGUGGUGCGAGCUACAGGAUCGGAAGCUGUCCAAGUCAGAGCGCCAGCGCUUCAAAGAGGAGGCCGGGAUGCUGAAGGGUCUCCAGCAUCCCAACAUCGUGCGCUUCUACGACUCCUGGGAGGGACCCUGCAAAGGGAAGAAAUGCAUCGUUCUGGUCACGGAGCUCAUGACAUCUGGCACUCUCAAAACCUACCUGAAGCGCUUCAAGGUGAUGAAAAUCAAGGUGCUGCGCUCGUGGUGCCGGCAGAUCCUCAAAGGCCUUCACUUCCUGCACACCAGAGCGCCGCCCAUCAUUCACCGGGACCUGAAAUGCGACAACAUCUUCAUCACGGGGCCCACGGGCUCGGUGAAGAUCGGGGACCUGGGUUUGGCCACGCUGAAGAGGGCGUCCUUCGCCAAGAGUGUCAUAGGAACCCCGGAGUUUAUGGCUCCAGAGAUGUACGAGGAGAAGUACGACGAGUCCGUGGACGUCUACGCCUUCGGGAUGUGCAUGCUGGAGAUGGCCACCUCGGAGUACCCCUACUCUGAAUGUCAAAACGCCGCCCAGAUCUACAGGCGGGUUACCAGUGGAGUUAAGCCUGGCAGUUUUGACAAGGUAGCCAUUCCUGAGGUGAAGGAAAUUAUAGAGGGCUGCAUCAGAACAAACAAGGAUGAGAGGUAUGCUAUAAAGACCCUGUUGAACCAUGCGUUCUUUCAGGAGGAAACAGGGGUCCGGGUUGAACUGGCGGAGGAGGAUGAUGGGGAAAUGAUUGCCAUCAAACUCUGGCUCAGGAUAGAAGACGUCAAGAAGCUCAAAGGCAAAUACAGAGAAAACGAAGCCAUCGAGUUCUCCUUCGACCUGAUCAAGGAUGUCCCGGAAGAUGUGGCCCAGGAAAUGGUUGAGUCUGGCUACGUUGCCGAGGGUGACCACAAGACCAUGGCCAAGGCUAUCAAGGACCGCGUGUCUCUGAUCCAGCGGAAGAGGGAACAGAGGCAGCUUGUUCGAGAAGAACAGGAGAAGAGGAGACUUGAGACGGAACAACAACAACUGCUGCUGCAGCAGCAGCAACAACAACAACAGCAGCAGCAGCAACAACAGCAGCAACACCACCAACAGCAGCAGCAUCAUCAUCAGCAGCAGCAAGAGACUCUCAAACAGUCUCACACACAGGUAGAAGCAGAGGAGGGCGAAGCGGAGCAACAGCAGCUUCACUAUCAGCUGACGGGCAUCCCACACGCAUCUGAAGGAGGCGCGGACAGCGGCCAGGGCUCCUCCGUCUUCUCCGCGGACUCCCCCCACCUGGCUCAGCUGACCAUGUCUUACGGCUGCUCCCAUUCCCCCUCCCACCCCCAAACCCCUUACCCCUCCACCCCCUCUGCUAACCCGCAGCAGCACCCGGGCUACGCCCAGCCGCCGCCGCAGCCAAUGCCUGCGUCGCGCCGUCCCCGAAGCCGUAGCAUGUCUUUUUGCGUCCCUCCCUCCUCCUACUCCUUUUCCCACGCUCCUCCACGCGCGGCCGCUCCCCCAAAGCGGCCCUCCACCCCUCCUCCAGACCUGUCCUCCUACACCACCACCACCACCACCACCACCAACUCCUGCAUGCCUCUCGCAGCCGAGAGGGACUCGUUCGCCGGGCGCCUCUCAAAGGCCCUGGAGACGGUCCUGCCCCUUCACUCGGCCUCCUCUCUGCCCGGGUCCAGGCAGCGGAGGGCCAGCCUACCCGCCCUGUUCUCCACCCCCCAGCAUUCAAUGCCGCACCCCUACAGUGGAGGAGGAAGCACAGGAGGAAGCACAGGAGGAGGAGGAGGAGGAGGGCCAGGAGGGAGCAUCCCCCUCCAAACUUUCCAAGACCCCCCUAAUAUUUUCUUCCCUUGCAUCCCCGAGCGACCCAUUUCCUUCUCGCCUCCACCCACCGGGCCUCCUAAGGGCUACAACACCCAGAGACGCAAGAGCACGUCCAUACUCGAGGCUCACACCCGACACUUCCAGCCGGCCUACCCGCGCUAUGGGAGCGGCCUGCACCCCUUUUCUGGGAUGGAGGGCGUUGAGACGCCGUCCCUCUACAUGGUGAAUCCCGGUUUCGCCGCAGCCGCCCAGAGACUCGGCGUUGGCGAGCCGCUGCAUCUCCAGGGACAGUCCGACCCAAGUUUAUACGCCUACAAAGACAUGAGGGCGGAGCACGAGGAGGUGGUGAGGAGGCUGAGUCUGAAUCAAGCCGCCUUGUUGGACCAUUACGAAGCGAUGGCGUACGGAGGAUACCCAAUGGCCGCACACCAGCUCGGCCACUUGACUUUCCAUCAGCAGAGGCAAGCGGCGGCGGCUGCUGCUGCGGCCGGCUUCGGUUUCGACCCGGUUCCUCCACCGCAGCCGAGCUUCUUGCACGCGCACCUCAUGCAGAGAAUGAGCGCGCACAGCCCCAUCCCGCCGCCUCUGAGUGCGCCCGCUGGCGGCUCCUCGUCAUCGUCGGACGGAUGCUAUCCGCCACCGCUCCACGCCACCCCGUCGCCUUUCGCUAUUGCCGCGCCUCCGGUGAUGGCUGAGGCCCCGCCCACAACUGGAAGUGCUUUCGAGUUCCAUUUAGCUGCAGCCGCCGCCGCCGCUGCUGCGGGAGACCCAAGCCUCCUGGCAUCCAGACUUUACCGGGCCAGAAGGAGCUCCAUGGACCUCCCUUUGGAGGACAACACCGGGGCUGGAUCAGGUGGCUCCGGCACGUACAGCCGCCUUCAGCCGGUGACCGAAGAACUGUACGCGUAUCUCAGUCCCGAGCUCCCCUUACCGCCGGGAAGUCUCCUUCUUCACCACAUGGGGUUAGCCGCAAAAGACCGGAGCCCCGAACCUUCCAGUGACUCUGUGGCGUCCUCCGAUGCCGGGGAGUUCCAGUCCCCUCCUCCCCCUCCGCUCCUGCCUCCCUUCGACCCCUCCGCCGCUCAGUCCAUCCCUCACUCGUCCUCCGCUGCGCUCUACGAUUGCUCCUCAGGGGGAGGAGGAGGAGGAGCGUUCCCCAUGGAGCCCCAGGGACACCCGCCCUCCAUGCAGAGCUUUUUCCCCGCCACGCCGUACAGCGAACCUAGGGGAGCAUCGUCGGCCCAGCUAGAGUCUCUGAUCCAGAGCGCCUGGGCUCGGCAUGGAGGGGUGAUACCAGCCCAGCCCGACAUGACAUACCACGAGUCAGUGCUGGCCAUGCAAGCCGCUAACCCCGCUCUGCAACAGACUCCCACGCCCCAGUCCUCUCCGGCACCGCCGCUGGUCCCCGUCGCCUCCCAGCCAAAUCCUCCCGGGACCCCUCAACAGGUGGUUUCAUCCAGUCACAGUAUUACAUCAGUCCAGAGCCCCACGCACACAACGCUGCCACAGGCCUCUUCCCAGCCCAGCUUAACCCCAUCUUCCGUUCCCAUGGUGACACUGCCCUGUCUGUCGCGGUCCCUCCCUGUUACCAUGCCGACAGCGGCCGUGGCUUCCCCUCCCUCUCCUCUGCCCCUCCCUGUCGGGGCGCUGCCUACUAUUGUUUCCUCUCCUCCUUCUCCUCCUGUGCCUCAGCCGUUGGCCACGGUGGUGCCAAUCAUCAGUGUAGUCACGGCUCCGCCCGAUACUCCCGUGGAAGCCCCGCCCAAGUCUGCCUCUCAGUCUUCAGAGUUGUCCCAGUCCCAACUGCAGCCACCUCAAGUUCUCUCAUCCAUAGAGAGCGGCCACUCUGAGACUUCGGGUCUGAGUGACGGCAACGAGGGAGGAGGGGGUCGCCACGAGGGGCGCUCCACCAAGCGGCAUCAGAGGCGUUCCGUUCGAAGCCGAUCGCGCCAUGAGAAGACCUCAAAGGCGAAGCUGCAUGUCCUCAAUAUCUCCAACCGAGGAGACCGGGUAGCAGAGUGUCAGCUGGAGACCCACAAUAGGCAGAUGGUGACGUUCAGAUUUGACCUGGACGGAGACAACCCCGAAGAGAUCGCCCAGAUCAUGGUCCAGAGCGAGUUCAUACUGGAGAGUGAGAGGGAGUCAUUCAUCGAGCAGGUUCGAGAGGUGAUAGAGAACGCAGAUGAGAAGGGUCUGGAGAGAGACACCAACAGCCAGAUGGAAGGUGAUAUGGCGCAGCAGAUUCCUGCUAUAUCUGUCCCCAUGCCAGACACCCCUCCCAGUGCGACUGCCCAAGUGGUCCAUUCAGCAGGUCGCAGGUUCAUCGUCAGCCCCGUGCCUGAAGCCAGGCUGAAGGAACAAAGGUUUCCCACAUCUCCUUCUCCUGCCCGGGCACCUCCUCCAAUAGUUUCUCCACCUUCAGCUCCACCUGAGACUCCGGCUCAAGGUGUGGGCUUGUCUCUGUCUGCUGGAAGUAUCAGCUUACAACAGGCCUUCACCGAGCUUCGACAGAGCCGCUUUGAUGCCGGACCCAGUACCGCCCCAGCUUCAAUCCACUCCACCCAUCCUUUCCUGCAGCCCGCGUUAGCAUGUGUGCCCCCACAGGCCAGCCUCGUCACCCCCACUGCGGACGCCACGGCCAUUUUGACCCGGGCACAGGAGCAGGCCUCUGCUGCCUCUCUUCCUCCCCCGACGUGCUCCGCCCCCUCCUCUCAGCACGCCGUCAGUCUCAGCCCCCCUUCCUCCUCCUCCCCUCCUCCUUCUGUGGUGAAUCAGUCCAUCCUUCAGUCACAGGUGGCGCCACAGGCUGUGUCCCAACCCCACGGACCGGUGCAGGUCCAGGGCCCAGCACAAGUUCAGCCCCAGGCUUUCGCCCAGCCUCAAACCGCCGCUGCUACUUCAUCACCCUCUGCUUUAGCACCCGCCAGCGUCCCCCCGACAAUGCUCACCUCCCUUCCUCCUGCCCAGACCCUUCCUCCCGUGUCCUCCCCUCCAGGCUCCGGAGAAGUGUCCCCCGAUCCUCCGUCGGUCUCUCCCCCCUCCUCCACUUCUGUCAUCCCCACCACGGCGAUCCUUGGCCCCCUACCGGUUCCCUCUGCUGCCUCCCACCCCGUCCACAGCCCCCCUUCCUCCUCCGCCGUGGGGCUUCAGCUGGCGACCGCCGGUGUUCCCUCAGUCCAACCAACCUCUGUCCACUCCCAGCCGCAGAUGGUAGCCCUGCCCGGGCUGACGCACACACACUCUGGGGAAUGCGACGCAAGGUGUGAGGCAUUCACUGAUUCGCAAGGCAAACCGGACGACAUCCAAGCUCUGGAGAAGAAGCUGCGUUCUCUCUUCAUGGAUCUCGGUGGACCCCAAGGAGACACCUUGGCAGCCGACCCUGCCUCUGGAGCUCCUGUUCCAGGUACAUCGUCCCCAAAGGGCCCCUGCUCUACCUCCGGCACAUCUGUCACCACACCUGGCUCCAGUCAGCCAGCCAAUCCCCCUCAGCCCCCCUCCAGCCUGUUACUCGGGUCACCUCUCCCCAUCCAGGGACCUGGAACACCGAUCACCACCCCGUCACCCAUCGUUUCCUCAGUCAUACCUACUUCAUCCUUUGGCCAGACCACUCCAUCCAAAACCCCUUUAUCCAGGACAACGGCCAGUUCUCCUCCUUCAGAACUCCCGCCGUCCUUCCCCGGACCUUGUCUAAUACAGUCCCAGCAGCCUCUAGAGGACCUUGAUGCUCAGUUGAGGAGAGCACUGAGCCCAGAGGCCGUUCCCAUCAGCACUCACACACAGGUGUCUCAGAGUGGCGCACCUCUAGCAGGACAACCAAUUCCCUUAUCUCUGGAGGAAAUAACUGGGUCGUCUUGUGGUCCUCCUCAUCCUGGUGGAAUCAAACUGGGAAGAUUUCAGGUCUCAUUGGCCACCGAAACUCCUUCUGUCCAACGGCCCGCAUGCAUCGAGUCCUCCUCCACCACCACCUCCUCCUCCUCUUCAUCCUCCUCCUCCUCCAGUAUGUCAAGCCCGGAGAAUACGCUGCACAAGGAUUCCCCGUCUCCUCUGAGCGGGGGAGGAGGACAGGGAGGCGACGUUGUGGACGGACUCCCCCAACGGACUCUUGGAGGGUCCCAGCACCCCUCCCCCCUCACCUCACCCUGCACUUCUCCCGUGCCCACCUCGACCAUCGGACGCUUCCAGGUUACCACUAAACCAGAGGCCCGCGUUGGUAGAUUCUCAGUCAGUCGGGCCCAGGAGCAGAGCACGGAGUCCGGGGCGACGCCUCCACCCGCCGCCUCGCCCGCUAACGGCCCCAGUAACCCUGGGCCGUUAAUGAGUCCAGACUCUGCUCACAGAGCCUCGCUGCCCAGUCUGAACAACAACUCCUUUAAUAACUCCUACAUCAGCAGCGACAACGACUCCGAAUUUGAGGAUGAAGACUUCAAGCUGGAAGUCAGCCACCUCAGAGAAAAGCACAUGCGUGAGCUUCAGGCCCUGCACUCCCGGCAGAAGGAGGAAAUAGACAGCCUCUUCACCAGGCUGGGAAAGGUGCCUCCGACUGCAGUGCUCCCUCCAGUUUUGGGCUCAACUGGCAGAAGGAGACGUCCCACCAAAAGCAAAUCAUCCAAAUCAUCCAGAACCAGCUCUGUGCACAGCAGCAAGAGUCCAUUACAGCCAGGCAGCACUUUAUCCGCCCAGAGCGUCCCCGCCGCGCUCCCCGGCCAGCUGGCUCUGUCGGCCCCGGGGGGAUCCGCCGAUUCGUGCGCCGGCGCUCCGCUCCAGACCCUCAGGCCCUCGCCCUCCAGCAACCACCUGUGUUCGGCCUACACCAGCGAGGCGGGGCUGUCCGUGCCCAGCCUGUGUGCUCUACCCCAGGUAGGCUGUGUAAAGUUCAGCUGGGGUUCGGAGCGUGUGGCCGUCAAGCCUGGCGGCAGGAGGACGCGCUUUCUGAGUACGCCCUGCUUGGCUCUUUGGAAGAUGGUGAAAAAAGUCUGCCCCUGCAACCAGCUCUGUAGGACCAAUAGCACCAAUGCAGUGAGCGGUUCUGGCGGUCUGGGUCAGAGCCAGGGGGGUUCUCAGUGUCUCCCCCCCAACAUGUCAGCCUCCCACCAGAGGAAAGGAACCUUCACCGAUGACCUCCAUAAACUGGUGGACAACUGGGCCCGAGAUGCCAUGAACCUCUCACAGGGGAAGAGGAGUGCCAAACAGCUGCAGCAGGCCCCAGUGCCGGGACAUAGCUACGAGGUCGUCCAGUCAGCCAGUCUGGGCAGGAAGUACUCCGCUCCCAGCCAGCUGUGUCCCAGCAGCCUCGGCGGUUCAGCCCACCUCCCCGCAAACUCCACCACCGCUACCUCUCUGGCCACCCGCAAGGCGUCCCUGUGUCACCCGCCCGCCUCCUGCGCCCAGCCCCAACCUCCCCAGUUCAUCCACUACACCCCCUCACCCGCCUACAGUGCACAAUGGUCCGGUCCGGGUCACGGCCCGUCGAAUCAGGCAGCGCCGCCGCCGCCCGGCCCCCUGCUGGUCAGCACCUCCCAGACGCUGGGCCCCUACCCCACCGCCGUUGGUGGACAGGUCCAGAUCCCCGGGCAGGGGCCCCUCCAGGCCUUCCACCUGAACAGCUCUCUCCAGAAGUCACUCAGCAACCCAGGAGGACCCAACAUGAGGACCACGUAGGACUGGGAGACGGGGCCGGUUUGAUUCACGGCCCGCCCCGGACGCGGAGCAGAGGGCUGCGGACUUGAGAGCGAGGGACUUCGAAGGGACGGCGAGCCGACCAGAGAAGGAAAGGAAAACGAAGAGGAGCAAAGAAACGAGGAGUGCGAUGAGGCCAAAGUCUGUGUGAUGCAUCUCACCUCUGCGUCCAUCCGUGUGUGUGUGUGUGUGUGUGUGUGUGUGUGUGUGUGUGCGUGUGUGUGCGCGCGUGUGUGUAUGGGAAUCGGUCCCACUUUGUGCUGUGGUCGACUGUGGCAAACAGACUCACGAGUGCACUGUUAAAAGGCCAAAGAGAUUUGGACAGGGUGCCGGAUUGGCGUUUAUUGCUGUUGGUGUAUGAGUGAAGUUGUGGCUCGGCUCCACCUGGUCCAUUUCAUGCUGAGUGCUAAGACGGUUUCCUGCACGUAAAGGCGACAGUAACAGGCAAAACUGCAGCUGUUGUUUUCUCCAAAUUGAAAACAGAAAAUACGUCGGCAGUGCAUAACACGGAGGGGAGCGAGGCCGGCCAUCGUCCCUCUGGUGCACAUGGCAGCAGGUCAAACGCUUUCAUUUCAGACAGAUGGACAGAUGUUCGGGUUUGGUUGGUUAUUUCCGUCACUAUUCAGAAAUGUCCCUCAAUUCAAAGCACAAAGGAAAAUCCUCGAGUGAAUCAAAGACGCCCCCCAGCUGAGCCCGGCUCAGCGUGGACGCAGUUGUGACCCGUCAGCCCGAUUACCUUCUGUGUCUUGUUCCCCCUCUUGUUCUUACGGACGGGGGGGAGAAUGUUCGCAUCGAGUCAACCACCUCGUCCACCGCUUAUCGUAGGCCGACCGCUGCACAGCGAACACCUCCGGCCGCUCUCCGCCCACCGAAGCAAUAACAACAGAGACCUUUUUAGAGGACAUCUGAAAAACUAAAAAACAGCAGCCCAAACAUGAGAGAACUCCGCGCGAAAAAGUGGCCUUGCUCACCGAAUAAUAUCACAUCCCUGUACAGUUUGUGUCUGUCUGUUUGUUUUUAGUUUUUUUUAAUGUCGGCCACGAUGAUUCCAUUUUGUUGUUUUAUUUCGGUUCCGUUGGGUUUGUUCUCACACACACACACACAAUGCAUCAGACACACACACAUAAAUAAAUACACCUGCAUACACAGCCAGGCUCAUGUAAAUACCCACACAUUGUUGGAGGCGUAGCAGCCGCUCAACAGCCUAACGCCUCGGUUCCUCGUCAUCGUGGGGGGGUUUCAACGCAUGUGUUGAAAUGAUUGCAAUGUACAUUGUUGUUGAUGAUUAAUUAUUCUAUUUAAAAAGAAACAAAAAAGUGUUCUGUUGAUGGACCUGUUAUACGCGCACAUCGGUGUACGAUGUGGAAACACUGUGAUUAUUGUUGUUUAUUAUUAGCAAAUGAUGUUGGGCAACAUUCGUUUUAGGGUGAAAAUCACAAAUAAAAAACUUUUUUUUGUUGGUUUUUAAAGCAUUCAGAGAACGGUUCACGGUCCUUUUCACUUUCAAUUCACUGCUCUCAGCCAAUGGAUUCUCAGCCAAAUGUGAAAAUUGAGAACAGCGUUGUUUUAAUAAAGGUCCUCGUACCCGGUGACCGAGGACGCGCCCUCAAAGAAAUUACCGUUGCCUUACCGACUAAUCAACCGCAGCGUCAGUUCCGUUUUUUUAAAGUUUUUUUUUAGAACUGAUUGAAUUGAAAGUCGAAACCGACCUCCGUGCCUGAUUCUCAGCGACGGGCAGGACAGUUGAUAUUUAGGCAUUAAAGUAAAUGCUAGCUACUUUUUCUUUCUUAAUACAGUACUUGUAUAUCAGACACUUUAAACGGCCCUCCUCUUCUCUGUAUUUGUUAGAUGAAUGUGAAUGUAAAAAAAAAAACAAUGGUGUCCAGUUUUUAUGUACUUGAAGAAGAAACAAAAAAAAAGUAGAGUUUGUCUUUUAUUGUGGCUCUUUUGCUUCCCUUGACCGUCGCUUAGAGCUUUCGGUGGAGGAAUUUACUAGUGCCUUGCAUCCUUCCUGUUGCUCCUAGGAUCGAUUUAGAGGGAUGAAUUGACCCAAACUCUGCUGCCAUUGAAACCCAUGAGAUCGUUUGGCCCAGACGAGGCCCGACGGCGCCCCCAGGCCCUCUGCACCGCCGACGUGAAACCGGAGGAAUGUGUUUCGGUUUUAAGGAGGGAGCGGUUGAAGAUUGUAUUUGAAGCUCGGACCACUCUGUGUUUUAGAGGCACCGGUGCGGCGUGACGUCGGCCGAGGACGAAGAUCUCUAGAGCAAAUUAUGUCGUUUCCAAACCAAUGAUCCAAUCCGUUUUUCACCUUUCGUUUGAAAGAAAAAUCAGAAAUCAGCUUUGCGUGAUCAAUUUUCGAAACUGCCGGUCUGCGACAGCCGGACAGGAAUGUGUUUCGGUUAGUAGGGGGGGGGGGCUUUAGAGGAAUGUCAGUGCUGCUCCCUUGUGGGAGUCAGCUUGUGGCCGCCGUCAGGUCGCUGGACCCUGAUGGUUGCGAUCCACUCGAGCCGAGAGCAGAACAAAGGAACACACAAGCGUUCUCCAGUAGAAUAACCAAAAGCGUGAUAUGUGUUUUCGUGUAGGAACUAGAAGCUUACUGCUCCUUUUAGUUCAAACCUUUAAGCAAGGCGUCGGCAAUCCAAACAUCCAAAUCAAGAGGCAGUUUCGAAGCCAGCAGAAUGAAUGAAUGAGUCAGAAUUCGAGUGCUUGUAGUCGCUCUACAGAUUUGGCGGGGAAGGCCUCGUCUGAGAAAAGCUGCCGUGGGUCUGCGGCAGGUCUGGAUAUUGUCACUGUACGUUUCAGAAGAAGGUUUGGGUCCGAAUGGCCGAGCCCGGCGGUGGGUGUUGUUGUGAUGAUUUUGCGCGUAGUGGCGACGGCGGUUGAAACGAUGGAAGUGAUGAUGGCAGUUUUAGAUUGGAGGCCUUUUGACACCACGUUCCCUUUUUAUUUUCAUUUUCUUUCAUUUUCCCACGCAAAUAAAACACAUCUGGUACAAACUUUUGACAUUGACCGAAAAACAUUCUGAUGUGUGUCAGUUUAUUUUUAUUUUUAUUUUUUCAGAAUGUUCUGGACUCACUUAGAAACAUGAAACGGUCACUUUGUAAAAACGCAUUGCUUUUGCUCACCUCUCCUGGGCAUGUUUUCUAUUGUCUCCAUCAAUAAUAAUGAAACGUUUUUACUCAUCGGCAAGUUUGGUUGAAGCUGUGAAGACUCAUUCGAGCCACUCUGCUCUCGUUCUGGUUAUCAUGUGCCGAGUGAAAACAUCAGCGGUGAAGGUGAAAUAGGAAAUGUUGAUUCUGUGUACUUUUCAUUGCCUUUACUCACUUUCGGUUUAGUUGCCAGGCGACGCCCUGGGUUUCCACUUUGCAAUCGCUUGAGCCUCAAAAUGAUUUCCACAGUAGAAGUUUGAUCUUAUUUUGCUGUGUCUCUACUACAUGAUUACUCUGACAGAAACGCCUACUGUGCAGUGGCUGCAAUGCAAUAUAAUUUAAAGUUACAGUAUGCUGUCGAGCUCUGAGGUUACAGUGGCUUUUUUUUUUUUUUUUUAAUGCUACAAUAUCAACAUCAGUGAGUGUGAUUUUUGUGAAGUUUCAUUUAGUUAUGGUGGAAGGACUCUUACUGUGAAAGGGUUACCCAGUGUUCACACUUAUUGUGAAGUAAGGGGGGAAAAUAUCUUUUUCUGCCAACACACACACACACACACAUAUUGUAGCAUUACUUGCUGGCGUUAGACUCAGUUUGUGCUUUGCACUGGUUGACCUUUUUGUGUCCACGUGUAAAUAACAGUUGCCUUUCUGUGCAUCAGAUCUCCUGUUGUUCCAUGUAGCUUGCUCCUGUGGAAUGAUGUCCGGUCUCAAGCACAGCAACAGUUUCUCUGUUACUGAAAACAACAAACAUGUUGAAUAUGUUUCUGGUUUCUCCGAUGCACUUAGGAUUUUUUUUUUCUUUCUUUUAUUCUCACUUAGCAGCGAUUUUAAUGUCUGUAGCGGCUCCUUGGGUGGUUUCCUUUUUCUGUAUUGUGUUUGACAUUGUACCCAGUGGUGGGAUUAAAAAAAAAGAAAAGUGGGUGAAUGAAUGAAUGAAUGAAAGAGAAAACAAUAAAAUACAUGUAGAGUCAUCGGCAGCCUUUAACGGUAUGUUUGCACUAAGUAUAGAGUGUUGAAGCUUCAUAUAAAAAACAAAACUUGCGCUACAAUACAAUGAAAUUUGUUACGUUAUUUGUAAAAACUUAAUAAAUAAAAGUUGUUUUAAAUGA